UCUUACCUUGACUACUAUUUUGUUGCAUUUAGGGUCCUUCAACUAGUAGGAUUACAUUCCAAAGCUCCACCUCCAUUUAUCUCAUUUGGAUCUUUGUAUGUUAUAUUGUAUCCAUUAAAGUGGACAGUAGUGAUAAGAUCCACACCUAUCCAAGCGAGGGACAUGAGAGGUUGGCAUUCAAAUUGAGCAACAAAUCUAUCAAUAUUUGUUCAAUAAAUUUCUCAUUUUUCUGCUAUUAUCUCAAGUAAAGGAAUAACUUUUGAAACCACACUCAAGCAUAUUAUACACUCAUCUAGAACUUUCCAAAAGUCCAGAGACAUAUUUUCUUCCAUCAGAUUACCCCUUGUCUUUUUAGCCCAUGAUAGGAUUUGGUUGAAAUAUGUCAUAUACAAGUUUCAUUCUUUAAUAUGAGAAUUCAUGGCGGGUCACAAUUAGAGAGUGAAACAUCUCCAUCCAAAUGGUUGAAAGAGCUAGAUCAUACUGAGAGACCAACCUCUUCAUUUUAUAAUAAGCAAAUGCCACCCACUAUAUUAUUUGGAGGGAAGCUAUCACUAUUUUUUAAACCCAUUUGUCGUGUAAUUGUUCCCAUUCUAAUUUUGAGAGUUUUUUUUUUCAAAAGCAAAAUCAUGUAUGGUUUAUGUUCGAGAACAAUAUCAUGUAAAAUGAGACUGCUUAAGGACUGACCAAGUCUCUACAGACUAAACUGAUGAUUCUCAUGUUGGCAGGGGGACAUGUAUGAGAGGAGGAACAAGGGUGAGGGAAGAGAAAAACGAGAUGAGGCGAAGGGAAGGGGAGGAUAUGAAAAGACACAAGGAUUAAGCUGCCAAAAAACUCUCCAGCAAAGUGAUUAACGAAUGUGAACAAACACCACAGGUGAAAGAUGCCCAUGAAAAAGAGGUCAUAAAGAAAGAGAAGAGGGAAGAAAAUGGAUCAAAAGAUCCAAGUAACCUCCAUGAAAGGGAGGAAGAUGAAACACCACCCAAGAACAUGGGGAGAGAAGCUCUCACAUAAAGGAGGUUUUUUGGGGACCCCUCCUCCCUGAGUGACUUUUAACCAAUCAUCCUAUGUCAAGUUAUUUACAAGGCAAUUUCUAAAAUUCUCGCCAAUAUGUUUAAGAAAUUUGGACAACCUCAUCUCGAAGACAUAGAGUGUUUAUGUCCCAUGAUGAUUUAUUCAUGAUAAUGUUGUAUCGUCUUUUGAAUAAUUCCAUUACAUGAAGAAGAAACAAAGAAGGGUUAUAUGUUUGUGAAGUUUGAUAUGGCCAAAGCGUAUGACUGUGUGGAAUAGUCUUUCUUGAAAAAGGCGAUGAAGAAGCUCGAAUUUCAUGAAACCUGGAUUUGGUUAAUCAUGAUAUGCAUCAAGUCAAUAUUGCAAUCUACCAUUGUUAACGAGCAUAAGUCCAAGGUAUUCUAUCAUACUCUCGACCUAAGACAAAGAGACCCCCAGGGGAGGACCCAUGGUCGAUGAGAGGUGUCCUAGGCCACUCUUAAAAUUUGGAGAAAAAUUAUUCAUCGACGAUAGUAGUUUGAGGGGAAGAGGAAAAAAUGGUAAUCUUUGUAAUUCGAACUAUGACACUACAAUUAUUAGUGAAUAUGUUUUCAAUUAGAGUGAAACUCAUUUAUUGUUUUAUUUCAAACAAGAAUAUAAUAAUAGUCUAAAACAAUAGUCCAAUUGUACCCAGUUUCUCCAAUUUUUCUUCCAAAAACCUGAAAGCUAAAUUUCAAUCUAGCGGUCCCUAUCCUUCGAUACUUGAUGAAGGAAGUAAAAAAGAGAGUCGACUCAUCUUCUCUCCAUGUUCUUCAACCAUUCAUGUUGAAAGAGUUUCUUUGGAUUGCGUCAAGAACAAGGUUAUAAAUUGGAUAUACAAUUCGUUCAUGAAUGAUUGUCUAUAGAAUAUAUUGAAAAAGAUUUGUUGAGCACUAUAGAUAGGUAAUGUUUUACAAUUUUUUCCAAAUGUGAAACACGACGUGGUGUUUCGUUAUAACUUGUAAUAGUUUGAAUUUUUAUUUAAUAUUUAAUUUAAUUUAGUGAAGAGGACACCCCUAGAUAAAAGUUUCAAUUCAUCAUUGACACCCCCUCUCCCUUUAUCUGUUCUACUAUGCUUGGAGGAUUUUCAACUCUAUUAACUAAAGAUGUCAAGGAAAGGAAAAUUCACAGUGUGAAGAUAUGCAAUAGAGCUAUGAUUAUAUAUCACAUGUGAGUACCUUUAUGAUUUUGUGAAUGUUUUUUAUUUCACACACAUACAAAAUGCAUAUUUUUUGUAGAUCUCUAUAACACCUUAGGCGAAUCCCGCAUAGACAAAGCAAGAGAGAGAUCCAUGGUUCAUAAGUAAGAAACCUACCUUAACUGACAUGACGAGUUUUGGGGUAAAAUGGAGGAGUUCUUGUGAGAACUCCGAAUUAAACGUGCUCGUAGUGGAAUACUGCAAGGAUGAGUGAACUUAUGUGAAGUCACCUCGAUAUGUUUUCCACGCAAAAAUCGUGCGGGUAUGGGCCCAAGGUAGACAAUAUCUUAGUCGGGAAAAGGUUUGUGAUGUUACAAAUGGUAUCAGAACAUAUGUGCGUGCCACGAUGGGGGCGCAAACCUCAAUGAGGAUAUUGAGUCCCAAUUGGAGGGAGGGGGGGUUAUGUAACACCUUAGGAGAAUCAUACAUCAACAAAGCACAAAAGAGAUCCAUGGUUCAUAAGUAAAAAACCGACCUUAACUAACAAGACGCGUUUUUGGGUGAGAUGAAGGAGUUCUUAUGAGAACUCUGAAGUUAAAUGUUGACUCGUCCCGAAUAUCAUAAUAAAAAUCCCAAUUAGGGACCAAGUAUAAACCCUAAUUGGAUGCAAUAUAGGCAAGUAUGUAAAUAUCAAACCCUGGUAGGCCAAUGUAACCCUACUUCGAUUGUUUGAAACAUUAUCUAGCGAUUGGUUUUUGGUGAAAACAACUAUCUAUGGUUAAAACAUUUGGACAAGUAAAUGGAUUUGACACUAAUUGAGAAGGUUUCACCCGGGUGUUGCUCCCCUUAGCUAGCAAUUAUGACUUGUCGGAUCGAAUGAAAACGUGUGGUAAGGCGGUUGUAAAUCGUAGGGAAGUGCAACAAGUGAACGGACGCCACUCUCUCGGUCAAUAGGUCAAGGAAAUUAGAUUCAAGCUACCAAAGUAGCUCUCUUGACCGAUUGACUAAGGUUGCCAAAACUUCACCCUCAAAUCGGAGUUCGGGCUGCCAAAUUACAACCAACCCUAGGUGAUAAUACGUACAGAGAGGGUUGCCCUACAUUAACCUAGAUAGGAGACAAGAUUUGCCUAAGAAAAAUCCAGCUUUACAAGCCUCUUUCAAAGAAAGGGGGUUUUCUCUCUACCUAGGUUAGAAUGACAAAAUAGAUUGACAGGCAAACACACAACACAAUCUUCCAUGAAAAUACCUCCAAAUUCAUAUUAAAACAAAUCCACACACAAAUCAUUCAACCCAUACAAACAUUCACAUAAUUGUAGCUAUAGUUUACAAACACCCAAGUGAAAUAAGGGACUACUCUAUACUAGGAGAAGGUAAAACAAAAGGGAGAAGAAGGAAAACCAUCAUGGAGAUGCUAGCCUUGCUCCUAGCUUGUGUUUAAGAGAUCCUCCUUUGGGGAAGGAAUUCCCAAAACCUUGCUUGAAGAUGAAAUCCUAACUUCUUCUAUUAUUUGGUUCGUCACUUUCUCACUCUAGAAAUUUGAAGAAGAAGAAGUUUCUCAUACUAGGUCUCUCCCCCUUUCUUCCUUCAGCUCAAGCCUCUUUUAUACCCAGGUCAAGCUCGAGUCAAGGUCCCAGUUCACGGCCGUGAACAUCUGGAAGGGACCGCGAUCUGGAGCAAAAACGCAUUGCAUCAUUUAGGCUCUUCACGGUCUCUAGCUUGGGUUCACAGUCUUACGACCGUGAACUGACUUGAGUCUAGUGAGACCGAAAAUGCCUAUGGAUGCCUGGUGCUUCACGGUCUCUGGCUUUAUUUCACAGUCCUCCAGACCUUGAACUCUCUACUUCUGCCGUGAUCUGCGGCUGCCUCCAUCCUUUGAUCCAAUUUUGCGUCUUUUCGUCAAACUUCCGACUCCGGGGCUAGUUCCACCUGCUUGAGUCUGAAACACGCUAAGGCAAAACCUAGCAUAAAACCAAACCUCUCGGAGUGCAAAUGCCUCAAACGCUAAGGAAAAUGGGGAUAAAAAGUAUACAAUUAAGCCCGAAUCACUCCCCGACACUUAGACGUUUUCUUGUCACCAAGAAAACCAUUUUCAACCAAGGUAAUAUCUCAAACUAACAAGAUAACUUGGAGACAAAUCAAAGGGCACGAAGUGGUGAAUCUGAAUGGCUAGUGGACAUCAACACAUGAACCGCUACAAACAAUACCGACAUCCACCGCAAACGACAUUCGAAUGCAUCAAGAAUGUGCUAAUGAAAAGUUCUUACCCUGUUCUCAAACCCAAACAAGUCUUGAAAAAACCACUCACCAACCACAACUAACCGUGCAUAGAUUUCAAGUCCAAGGCACAAACGAAAGGGCAACAUAGGUCCUCACCGGUGUAAGAUAUGAAUAUGCAAAACAUGAAUGAUCACUCACUCUCGAUCAGUGGGGUCAGGACCAUUUGGUGAAAAGAUGUGCACAACCAUCAACACCCAGCCCUAUCAUCUCUCCACCACGACAGGAACCUCUAAAUGCUAGAGUUCACGGGAUGGUUGUCAUCACUAGCUUGUCUGGAGGUCUUAGACACGGGGUUCAAAUGACUGGAUAUUAUCUUGGACAUGAGGAAAAUGUAUUUUUGGGUGGUGGCAAACAUAGCAUGAGGUCCUACAUCUUGACCCUGAAAUCGAAGGUUCUAUGGCUUCGACUACGAACCUUCUCUACACUCAACGACCACUAGCAUUGGCAAAAAACCACACUUUCCUUCUUCCAGACCACUACCAAUCACGAACUACAUUCAAGCACACUUCCUCGACCUAUCUUGCUAUACACAAUUCAAUUAUAGUAGUGAAGGAGGUCAACAAACAAUUUAGGUGUUUCAAUGGCUAGAGUGCCAAGAAACCCUUUCUAGAGCAUACACUUAGACUUUUGUGGCAACUCUCUACUUUUAUUUACCUCGUUUUAUUACGUCUUUUUCGAUUAUUUUUUCUUUCUACUUUCCUUUUUUUUUUGAGGGGGUACUAGAGAGUUAAACAUUUUCCAACUUAACACUUAACGAACAAUGCUCUCUAUUAAGAACUUCCUCCAACACUACUUCUUCAUUCCUAGCAAGAACCACGCAAAAUCCUCCUAUGUAAAACCUCAAUGGAGCUCAAGAGUGAGAGUUCCGGGACACAAAGAUGACUCACAACGGUUUAGACACGAAGAAAGCAUGAGGGGUCGUUCUAACAAUCACCGUUAAGCUCAACAAGCACGAAGCUCCUAAUAUUAGAAUGACCCCCAAAGUCACAUGGCUCAAAGGGGUUGACUAGAGAAUAAGAUGUUUUGGGACAAUCAACUUUUGAGCGUGGACUAAUCUUAUGCCUCUAUCAUACUCACUAGUGACAACGGUGAAUGUUAAACACCAUGGCGAGAGGGAUUUAUCACACAUGAAAAAGACGAUUGACACAAAUCUCACAUGGCUACCUAGCCACCCGAUCGUCUAUUGCAAUUUCACAAAAUUCUAUGCAAGGCAAUUAUGAUCAAAGAGUAACCAAGUCAAGCCAUCCAUUCAUUUAAGCACACAUGAGAACUAAGCUUUUGCACACACCUAAUGCAAUUCUCAGGCAUCAUAAUAGGAUGAACUCAAUCACAUGAAACAAUUCAAGGUCAAUGCCAAAUAAACACGAGAUUCACCCACAAACCGACCACUUCGAUCAUGCAUUGCUUGGAGCCCUCUAAUUUUACAAUUUUGGGCAUACAUCAAGGCUCCAAGCAUUCAAUCACACACACAAGCAUAAUAAUAAACUACCCCCCCCCCCACCUCACACUUAAACUCGACAUUGCCCUCAAUGGCGUAAAAUAUGGGGUAGAGCGAUGUCACCGCAUGGCUUGGUGAGUGAAAGUUGGACAACUUCCUGGGGUAGGAGGUUUGAGCUUCAAAGAGAAGACAAAGAAAAGUACAAACACACGCACAUUCUCGCUCGAGGCGAGCUUGUUACAAAUAACAAUAUUCCACAUCACAAUAAAAGGAAAGAAAGGCUCACAAAUGUACUAGUUUACACACUAAAGAAAAGAAAAAAACAGAGUGCAGAGUUUCAAGUGAAGAAGUGGGGAGAUAGUAAUCGGCUCUGCCACAUGUCUCACUUGUCAGCUACCUCUCUCGGCUACCUCUCUGUACCAAAAGGACACCCUGACUUUGAGCAAUCCGCUCCAACAAGUUGGUGGAUCGAUCGAGCCGGGUGUUGACUCCGACAAACUGCUCCUCGAGGCGAUCCACAUAUUGCUCGAGGUGGACUCCGGAUGAAGAACGACCAGCCCCGGAUGAAGAUGUUGCUGAUAGUGGUGGUGGUGCGGCACCAUGGCAGUGGCCCGGAGUUUGGGUAGUUGGCUGCUCGGAAGGAGGGACCUCUGGAUCAGCCUCCACUAGAGCAGGGUCAAUCUGUGGCAAUAGAGCGGCCGAUGGUCGAAGUCCCUCAAGGUACUCAAUCCCUCGCUCUCCCUUGAGCACCAGUUUCAUGUUGUACAGUGUCUCCAUGGGGAAUGGCGCGGUCCAGCCGAUAAUGGACCACUCCUUCAAAUCAUCCUCAAAGUGUCGGGCCAGCCUAGUGAUGAUGCCCCCAAAUGCAUCGUAUCCACUCAAUCACACCCCAGGCAUUUGGCGAACAUGGUAGCCACCAGUGAUCCCAGAUGGAGUGGCUCUAUUGGGCGGCUCAUGGUAUGGAGGGCUAUCAACCCCCUGUUUGUGAUCAUGUGCCCUGAUCGCAGGCUGGGGAUGAUCGACCUCGUCAACAGUUUAUGCAGGAUCCUCCAAGGAGUUCGGAGCUUCACUACAUUGGUGUUUGAGCCCUUGAACUCGUCAUUCUGAUGCUGUUGGAGGCAGAUGGCGUGGAAGGCCUGGUUGUAGCGGAAGUCAGUUGUGUACUGCCUCUCCGUCAUGGUCAUGUGCGUGGGGUCGAGCCCCAUGACCUGGGAGAAGCCAUCAUAAGUCAACAUGUGUUGCUGACCUCCCAACAAGAACGCCAGGUACGGACGGUUCCACUUGCUGGUCGAGAUCACAUGAGAGAAGGUGGAGUAGAACUCCACGCAGAGCUCACAGUAGAUGAUCUCGCCAAUAGCUAGGAGGCGUUGCCACUGGGGAUGAACGACAAUCCCCGACAUUGCUUCCCGACACUUGAACAUGUUGAACAUGUCCAGGUCCAACACCUAGUGAGGUUCUGCCUCACUGUACCUCCACUGCUCAAACAUUGAGCCAUACUUCUCGUGGUUCACCAAGUAGUGAACGUACCGGUGACUUGCAUCAACCAUCCUUCAAAACAUCAAAAGCAUACACAUACAUGGAAACAUUCAUCAAUCUCAAUUCAUUGGGGAGGAAAGAAUUCCCCCACACUUAGAACUCCACUAAGGUCCUAUGCCUUUGAAAGCUUUUCACAAGAUCAGAUUUCAACAAUUUAAGUUCAACCACGUUAAAAGCUCAUGGAGACAUGGUUCUAGUUGAUUCAUAAUUCAUCAAAAUAUCAACAUCAAGCCCAAACCAUGCAUCGAUGGCCACCAACUACCAUUCACAAAAUUGGAUUCAACUCAACAUUCAAACACAAUGCUCUUGGUGGGCGAUUUUCUCAAUUAACUGUAAUUCAUGCAAAAUGAGCCCACCAAAGCUCAAUGAAGUCCACAUGCACAUCAUACAUUAUUCAAACUAACCUAUUCGACCAACCCCUCACCUAAUUCCAAUAAUUCAAGUAAGAUUAAAACGAUUCUCCUCACUUAAGAACUCUAACCCAAUUCUCCAAAAAUGACAAAGUAAAGGCUUGAAACAGACCUAGAGACGCAAGUAGGGUUGAAGAGGAAGGUAAGGAGGAAGCGAGGGUGUCGAAAAUCCCAGAAAAAAACAGGCCAAGGAGGCUUGCAUGAAGUGAAGAAGAAGGGUUCACGCCCUUAUAUAGCCCGAGCGCGGGGUUCACGGACGGAGGCUUCCAUUCAAGGUUGAUAAGACUGUGAACGUAACUCCCAGACCGUGAUCUCAGUCCAAAAUGAUGUGUUUCAAAUUUUUCUAGAACUUACCUCAUUCACGGUCUGCACCCUAUUAUCACGGUGGCUAAGAUUGUGAUAAUGAGGCUAAAAAAUCGUGAACUGAGUAAAAAUGGGGCAUUUUCAAAAUUUUCAAAACUCGACCUAAUCAAUCAUGCCCAUAAUUCAAACACACUCAAACCCCAAUCAAACAGACUCAACAUGUUGGCAUAGUGAUAACCAAUCAUCCACUUGAACUCCUUACUCAAUCACAAAAAGAGAAGAUAAGGAAAAUAAAACAAACCGACGUUGGGUUGUCUCCCAACAAGCGAUAGUUUAACGUCACUAGCUAGACGUGGAUGCGCCACAGUCUCAGAGAGAGUUUUGUCACCUCUCAACUUAAGCUAUAUAGGAUGGCCCUCUUGGCUAAUUACCUUCGCUUUGCCCUUAUCCUUCUUGAGGACAUAAGUGAGUUUCACCUUUCCUCUCCAUGAUCCUUUUUUUUUCCUUCGGGGUUGAUACGCUCCUCAAUUUUCUAUUUCAUGUCACCACAAGGAACAAGAGAAAUAGUGGGGUUCGCCUUGAGAGGCUCACCUCCACUUCCAACCACACCACUCGAGUCCAUUUCCUUCACAUAAUCAUUCUUAGCCUUAGGAUCAAUUGAAAGAGUAAGUUGCUCCUCUACAUCUCUCAAAAUAAGAGUUCCCUCGUUAACAUCAAUUUAGGCCUUGACGGUGGCAAGAAGGGGCACCCUAGGAUGACUGGAAUAUCCGAAUCUUCACUGAUAUCAAGGAUAACAAAAUUUGUCGGAUAGUAGAAUUUUCCAACUCUCACUAGGAAGUACUCCAAAAUACCUCUAGGGCUAAUGACAGAGCGAUCGGCCAAUGUAACACUAAGCCUAGUAGUUUGUAAUUCACCCAAAUGUAACUUUCUAAAAAGCUUGUAAGGCAUCACAUUAAUGCUUGCUCCUAAGUCCGCCAAGGAGUUUUCUAUAUGAUGAGGUCCAAUGCAAAGAGGUAUAGUAAAACUACCUGGAUCCGGUUGCUUUUUAGGAAACUUGUUGAGGAUGAAGGCGGAGCACUCCUCUCCAAAGGUGACAUUGGCGAGGUCUUCAUAUUUUGGCUUCUUGGCGAGAAGCCCUUUGAGUCAUUUGGCAUACCUCGGCAUGUGCACCAUUUCUUCCAAGAACAGAAUAGUGAUGCAGAGCUUCUUAAGCAUCUCCAUGAAUCCACCACAUUCCGUCUCCAAUCAGUCCUUGUGCAUCCUCGUGGGGAAAGGAAUAGGAGGCUUAUACUCAGCCACUUGUGGUGGCGUCGGCAAUGCCUUCUUAGACUCUUCUUCCUCCCUCUCCGAGCCUUCUUGAUCAUUGGCCGUUGGAGGAGUCUUCUCUUCUUCAGUCACUUUCUUAGCAAUAACUUCUGGGGUCACCUUCCCACUCCUCAAAAGAAUAGCAUUGCAACCGGCAUUUUGAUCUUUGGUGUUGGUGAUGGUUUGGGAAGGUAGAGCUCCCCUUGGUCUCUCGGUGAGGAUCCCUGCAAGAUUACCAAUUUGCACCUCCAAGUUUUGAAGGCUUGCUUGAUGGCUCCUCAAUCCCGCCACAACCAAAGUAAACUUUGUUGUUGUCACAUCCAUAAAUUGCUCAAUCUUCUCAAACUUUUGAGUGCUUGUGCUCACAAAGGUGGUCACUAGGUCUUCAAGCUUUACAAACUUAUCGGGUUAUUGUUGGAACCCUUGACCGCCUUGAGCUUGGAAUGGUUGCUGGAAGUUAGAGCCUUGGAAUUGCGACCUUUGUUGAAUGAAAUGAGGCCUUGGUUGGUAAUUUCCCAUCGGUCCUUUGAAACCGAGGGGUCUUUGGUUGGUAGGAGAGGACCAAGAGAAAUUGGGAGGAUUUCGCCACCUCGGGUUGUAAGUGUUGCUAUAGGGGUUGUUUCCCCUAUCAUUGGCGAUGAAACUCACUUGCUCCUCGGGGGUGCUUGAUUCCUUCAUCACUUGACAAUCCAAAAUUUCAUGAUUGAUACUAGAACACCAAUCUCAAGAUGUCAAUGGUUUCUUCCCUUGCUUCUUGUCUUUCAGGAGUGCAUCAAUUAAGCGGUCAAGCUUGGCUUCAAGUGGAGCACUCGUUCCUACACUUUGCACUCCUCUUCCGAUACUCGUCUUACCACUCCUCGUCAAACCCCAAUCAUACCCUUUUGUCGCCAUGUCCUCGAGCAACUCGGUCACUUCGGGUGGAGUCUUGUUCAUAAACUUCCCUUGACAUAAAGAGUCAAUGAGAAUCUUGUCAUCUUGGAGGAGACCGCCAUAGAAGGUCUUGAUCCGAAAUUUCUCCUCGCAUCCAUGGUGUGGGCAUUGGAGGAAGUAAUCAGAGCAUCUCUCACAUGCAUCCCUCAACAACUCAUCCUCCUCUUGUUCAAAUGAGUGAUCUUCUUGCGCCACUCCGCCAUCUUGGAAGGAGGACAAUAUCGGGUCAUGAACUUGUUGAGCAUUUCAUCCCAUGAGGUGAUCGAGAGGGUCGGUCUAUUGUUGAGCCACCGAGACGCAUUCCCCGCAAGAGAGUAGGGGAAUAGUCUCAACUUCAAAGCGUCCUCGGGAACCCCAUUUAUCUUUAAACUUCCCGCAAGCUCGAUGAACCUCUGGACAUGCUCCCUUGGAGACUCAUUGCUAAGCCCAUGAAAUAAUACAUUGUUUUGGAUCAUGGUUACAAGGGCGGGCUUGAUCUCGAAAUUGUUGGCGGCCAUGGGUGGAUGCCUGAUAGUAGGUUGAAUAUACAUCGCCCGUGGAGCCAUAUAGUAUCCCAUGGUCCUCGGUUGCUUCGGCAGCUCUCGCUUGAGCUUCUUGAUUAGCCGCCAUCUCGGCUUCACUUCCUUUCUCUUCAUAUUCAACUUCUUCCUCAACUACAACUUCUUCAACUUCGGGACCAACUUGUGGUUGUCCCCUCUCCUCUAUCCUUCUUCCUGCUUCCGCUGGCUCCCUCUCAGGAGCAAAGAGUCGGAGAGUGCGGGUGAGAUUCUCGUCCAGUGGUGCCAAAGGUGUCAGAUUACUCCUGGUCAUACACCUUCAUGCACACACUCAAAAGAACCAUAACUCGUCUAACACAAGCAAGAUUCACACACACAAAAGCGAAAAGUAAAAGCUAGAUUAACACCAAACAAUCUUUUCAAAAUAAUGGAUCGUUUGCUCCCCAGCAACAACGCCAAAAACUUGACUCGUCCUGAAUAUCACAAUAAAACUCCCAAUUAGGGCCCAAGUAUAAACCUUAAUUUGGUGCAAUAUAGGACAAGUAUGUUUAAAUAUAGAGCAAGUAGAUUGAUAGAAAAACACACAACACAAUCUUCCAUGAAAAUACCUCCAAAUUCAUAUUAAACACAUCCACACACAAAUCAUGAAACCUGUACAAACAUUCACAUAAUUGUAUCUACGUUUUACAAACACCCAAGUGAAAUAAGGAACUGCUCCAUGCUAGGAGAAGGGAAAACACAAGGGAGAAGAAGGAAAACCAUCAUGGAGAUGCUAGCCUUGCUCCUUGUGUUGAAGAGAUCCUCCUUUGGGGAAGGAAUUCCCAAAUCCUUGCUUGGAGAUGAAACCCUAGAUUCUCCUCUUCUUUGGUUUUUCACUUUCUCACUCUAAAAUCUGAAGAAGAAGUUUCUCUCGUCAUUUAGGCUUUUCACGGUCUCUGGCAUGGGUUCACGGUCUUACGACUGUGAACUUACUUGAGUUUAGUGAGACCAAAAAUGGCUCUGGACAUGGCGCUUCACGGUCUCUGGCUUCAGUUCACGGCCCUUCUGAUCGUGAACUCUCUGCUUCUAUCAUGAUAUGCGGCUAUCUCCAUCCUUUGAUCCGAUUUUGCGUCUUUUCAUUCAACUUCCUACUCUGGGUCUGGGUCCACCUGUUUGAGUCCGAAACAAGCUAAAACAAGGCAAAACCUAGCGUAAAAUAAAACCUCUCAAAGUGCAAAUGCUUCAAACGCAUAAGGAAAACUUGGAUAAAAAGUGUACAAUUAAGUCUGAAUCAAACGUGCUCGUUGUGGAGAACUUAUGGGUGAUCUUAUGGGAAGUCACACUCAUAUGCACCCCAAGCCAAAACCAUGAGGGUCUCGACCCAAAGCAGGCGUAUCUUAGUCGGGAAAAGGUUCGGGAUGUUUUUUCAUCGUUAGGUUCAAGAUGUUACAAUGUCAUCAAAUCAAAAAACAAUUGUGCAAAAAAAAUGUAAAUUUGAAUUGUGACGAAGAAGAUACAAUCCAUUUAAUUUUUAUGGGGAAUAAAAAAUAAAAAAGAGAGCAUGUUAGGUGGAGCAUUCUGAUUGAUCCAUUUAAUUUUUAUGGGGAAUAAAAAUGAAAGAGAGAGCAUGUUAGUUGGAGCAUUCUGAUUGCCUGCAACAUUGAUUUACUAUUCUGUUUUAUAUUUUAGUUAUUACUAAAAAUUGAAAAAGAAAAUUUUGUUUUUUUUGUCUUCCCUAAAUAGCCUCCUACAAUCACUUUUAUUGCUUCAAUUUUAAAAUGUUGAAAAUCAAAACCUUAAAUCUUUGGACAAAUUAUGGUGACAUGAAUGUCACCAUAACUUGUACUUUUAGGUCGAUCUUAUAUAGGAUUAGGUCGACCUAAUAUGCACUUUUAGGCCGACCUUAUAUAGAAUUAGGCCGACCUAAUAUGUCGUUUCAGUUUAGUGCGGUUCAACGACGCGGUUGACCUUUUAUAGCAAAUGGUCGACCUCUUUGGGAAGCGAUGUGGGUGGUUCUUUUGCUUGUAUAAAUUACGUUUUAAACCAACAUAAUCAGUCAUAAAUAAUGAUAACAAUGACUCAUAACUUCCUAAUAUAACAACUAAACAAACUAACAAGAAAUACAAUAAAACACAAAUCAUAAUUGUUCACACAUAACUAAAAUCUAAAACCACAUCAUAUCAAUCCACAAUCGUUUUUAACACUUAACAAUAAAAACACACACUUAAGGUGACAUGCAUGUAUCUUCCACUAAAAGAUCGAAACUCAUCUCGCAUCUCAUUCACGGACACCUGCAGUGUGUUCAUCUGGAUGGUCAUUUUUCCCAUGUAGUCGUACAUGCCAGUCAUCUGGGUGGAAAUCUGGCCCAUGUAGUCGUACAUGCCAUCCGUGCGCUUCCCAAGAGGUCGACUAUUUGCUAUAAAAGGUCAACUGCGUCGUUGAACCUCACAAAACUGAAAUGACAUAUUAGGUCGACCUAAUCCUAUAUAAGGUCGACCCAAAAUUGCAUAUUAGGUCGAUCUAAUCCUAUAUAAGGUCGACCUAAAAGUGCAGGUCAGGUCGACCCGAUCCUAUAUAAGGUCGAACAAAAAAUGCCAGUUACGGUGACAUGCAUGUCACCAUAGGCAUACCCUAAAUCUUUAUCAGAAGAGUUGUUGAUGAUUGGUUGUUAUGAGUAUUAUUUUAAAAAUAUUUUUAUUGACACGCUACCAAUUAAAUCACAACUCUACUAUAAAAUAGCGUUUCACUAAUGUGUUUGGUGAUAUGGUUAUCUCGUGUCUAUGGGUAUUAUAGUUUUUUUUUAUAAUUAGAUGAUUCUUUCCAUUAUAUUUUGAUGAAUAUUGAAAACAUACUAACCUUUUUUUUACUAAGAUAUUAUUCGUUUUGUGUCUACCCCCCACAAUUUUACUUUUGCUAUCAUAGUGACUUUUCAAGAGUUUUUCCUGCACUACUCCCACUAAGCACAUUUUAGUUUAGAGUUCUUACAAGAACCCAUCCAUUUCACCCCAAAACACGUUUUGUCAGUUAAGGUUGAGUUGUUCCUUAUGAACUAUGGAUCUCUUCCGUACUUUGUCAAUGUGAGAUUUGCCAAGGUUUACAUUACAUCCCCCCUUGGGACUCUUGGACUCUACGUUCUCAUUGAGAGCUUCCCCCACCAACAUUCUCUAAUACCAUUUAUAACAACUCAACAUUUUUUCUGACCAAGAUAUUAUCUGCUUUGAGCUUACACCCACACGAUUUUGAUUUUGGGUGCAUAUCAUGGUGACUUCCUAAGACUUCACUAUGAUAUCUAGGUAUGAAAAUAUUUCAAUAACGUGUUAGGUGAUAUGGUGAUCUCGUGUCUAUGGGUGUUAUAGUUUUUUUCAAUAAUAUUAGAUAAUUUUUUCCCCAUUUUAUUUUGAUGAAAACUGUAACAACCCAACCUUUUUUUUAACAAGAUACCGUCUAUUUUGUCUCUACCCCGAUUCUAAUUUUAGGUUCAUAUAAUAGUGACUUCCUAACAGGUUACCCUUCCUUGCACUAGUCUACACCAAGCACGUUAACUUUAAAGUUACAAGAACUCAUCUAUUUCACUCCAAAAUGCAUCUUGUAAAUUAAGAUUGAAUUGUUUGUUGUGAACCAAAGAUCUCUCACAUGCGUUGCCAAUGCGGGAUUUGUCCCAAGGUUUUACAUUUCACCCUCCGGAACUAUAGGCCUCAACGUCCAGGUUGAAAUUUACCCACCAAUGUUUAACAGGGACGUAAAGAAGCUCGGAUACAAUUUAUGACAAUUCAACCCUUUUUGUGAACAAAAUAUUCUCUACUUUGGGCAUACCCCUACACGGUUUUACUUCUGUGUGCAGGUCAUAGUGAUUUCUUAAGAGUUCACUAUGAUAUCUUGGUGAGAAAAUAGCAUUUUCACUAACUGUGUUGUGUGAUAUGGUUAUCUCGUGUCUAUGGGUGUUAUGAUUAUUAUACUAUUAAAAGUUUUUUUUUUCAUUUUAUUUUUUCUGAAUACUGUAAGUGUUUUGAUCUAAAACGGUGAUUAUUAUCCCUGUCUUUGUCGACAGCGGUGGUGAGCAAAUUGCUGUACUUUAGAAAUUAUUUUAUAAGUACUGUCUUUUGAGAAUUUUUUAAUAACUGGUGUAUUCUGAGAUUUGUUAUUCUAUAUCCUAUCCAUCAAUAUUAAUGCAAAUCAGGAAAAAAAAUCCCAAAAUACACAUGUUUUUUAAAAAAAAUUCCAAAAUACACUCGUUAUAAAAAAAUUUCCCAAAAUACACAUGUUUGGGUAUCGUCUCUAUUGUCAACUAUAGUGAAUGCAUUCACCGCGGCAGACCAAAGCGGUGAAUGCAUCACCGCGGUUGACGGCCGCGGUGACUGCCCGACUUAACACUGAAACUUGAAACAAACGUAACUUUGCGCUCAGUUAUCCAAUUGUAGCGAAAUGUUUUUUGAUUCCAUAUAACUUUUCAAGAUCUUUCAAUCUGCAACAAGACUUCAUCUCAAAAAAUGUCGUAUGUUACCCCGAACGAGCAAUUUUUCGAUUUUGCCAAACUUUGAAAGGACAUAACUUUUAGCUCCUCAAUCCGAACGUCGUAAAGUUUUUUUUAUUGCGCAUAACUUUUUAAGAACUACAACUUUGACUAGGAAAUAAUUUUUUUUAAAAAGAAGUAUUUUUGGGUAUACGGGAUUUUGGGAAUAACUUUGCCUUUACUUUUCACAAAUCCACAUACUUUCCAAAAUUAUAGUUAUAAUCAAAGUUAUAGUACUUCAAAAGUUAUGCAAAAUCGAAAAAAGUUUCAUGACAUUCGGAUUGUGGAGCACAAAGUUAUGAUCUUCCAAAGUUUGUCAAAAUCGAAAAAUUGCUCGUUCGGGGUAGCAAAUGAUUUUUUUUGGGGAUGAAGUCUUAUUUCAGAUUCGUUUAGAGUGGCACGUAAAGCACUGCUUUUGUCUCGUCUAGAGCUAGAAUCUUUUGUUUUUUUUUGGGUGGCUUCAUUAGAAUAUAUUGUAAGGGGUCCUGGGUAGAUUUGUAUGAAUAACUCUUGUCAUCUAUUGAUAUCACUCAGAAAUAAUAAAAAAAAUUCUUAUUUCAGAUUGAAAUAUCUUGAAAAGUUAUGUGGACUCAAAAAAACAAAUUCGCUACAAUCUGAUAACCGAGCGCAAAGUUACGUUUGUUUGAAGUUUCAGUGUCACGCAAGGUUGUCAAACCGGUUUAUACCGUUGUGCCGGUUCGACAAGUGGAAUGGUACGACCGGCGGUAUAACCAGUUUGUGCCGGUUUAAAAAAAUGUGAAAACAAUUAAUAUCCAAUGUUUUUAAUCAUAUAUAAAACAUAUUUGUGGACAAUUUAGUUACAAUCCAACAAAUAUCAUCAACUUUUAACUAUUACAUUCAUAAAAUGAAUAAUAUUUUAAUUUUUUUAUUCAUUAAAUUCAUUAAAAUGAUGUCAUUUUACUUAAAAUGCGUAAGUUGAUCAUACCGGUUAUACCGCUGGUGUCAUGUCGGUUUCAUGACCAGCACAGGUUGAACCAGGUUCAACCGGGUGGCAUGCCACCGGCAUGACAACCAUACUGUCACGUCAGACAUUCACCGCGGCCGUCAAUCGCGGUCUGGUUCAACCUGUGCUGGUCAUGAAACCGGCAUGACAACCAUACUGUCACGUCAGACAUUCACCGCGGCCGUCAAUCGCGGUGAUGCUCAAACAUGUGUAUUUUGGAGAAAAAAAAAUUAUAACGUGUGUAUUUUGGAAAAUUUUUAAAAAACAUAUGUAUUUAGGAUUUUUUCCUGCAAAUCAUGGAUCUUAAUUCUUUUGUCCCAGUGAAGCAACCUAACAAAGUUAAACUGCUCACAGGCUAAAGUGUGAGUAGAUACUCACUGACCCAUGAGCCGAGAGGAGAGAGGGCCUGGCGCUUUUUUGGGCGAGCCGAAAUUAUGGGCGGAGGAAGUGGGCGGUUUUUGGGCGGCCCAAAAUGUUGGGCGGGAGGUGGGCAGAUUUUUGGGGCGGCCGAAAUUUUGGGCGGGAAAGUGGGAGAACAAUGGAAUAAUUCGGGUCUGGGCUUGCAGCCUAGUAAGGGCUGCCCGCCGAGGGCCCAUGGGCCGAAGGCUCAUUAAACAUUAUUUUCGGCCCAUUUUGCUUUGGGGAAGAAUUUUGGGCGCCAUUUUGCUGAAGAAGGAAUAGGGAAUGGGGAUAUUUGUUGAACAAAAGGGGAAAGUGGCAUUUAUGAUCUCAACCACCACUUUCACUCUCUAACCCCUCUCUCUCUCCUUUUUUCCUUUUAUUUUUCUGCUCAACCUUGCCGUCCACACUCUCCUUGCCGGCGAGCCUCUCCUUCCGGCAAGCAGAUCAUCUGGAGAAAGGAUGAUUUUCGACGACGACGGCGAGUUGGACGGUGUGGCUGCCUUCAUUGUAGAAGAAGAAGAACUCGAUCCUACAAUAGAUGAAUUUGUUGAUGAAGACUCGGAUGGUGUUGGUGACUUCAUUGUAGAAGAAGAAGAAGAGAGUGAAGGUGGAUUCUAUUAUAUAUAUGUUUGUGUUGUUGAGUUUUGUUGUGUGCAUUGAAUGUUAUUUAAUGGUGUUGAUAUUAUUUUGGGUGUAACCUCCUGUUUCAUUGGGUUUUUGGGUGUGGAUAUUAUUUGCUGUUGUCAUGGAUACAUUGUAAAACCAUCUAAGAUAUUUACCUUGGCAUGUUGGAUAUUAAUAUGGACGUGAUGAAAGUGGUUUGAUAUUUUUUUUGGUUUUUGGGUAUGGAUAUUCUUUAGAGUGUCAUGGAUAUGUUUAGGGAUAGGUUAAAUAUUAUUCUGGGUAUAUUGGAUAUUUUGGUGGAGGCUACUGAUACGUUUAUGGAACAAAAGGAUACGAUGUAAUUAAAGGUUGGAUACUUGUCGAAGCCUAAGAAUUCAAUCUGUUUAUGGGUAUGAUUUAGACGUCUAUUUGAUACUAUUGUGAGCAUGUUGGGUAAUUGUCUGGGCAAGUUAAAUGUGGAUACUAACAUGGCCUCAUACAAUUAAAUCGCAGCUCACAAGACAUCGCACCUAGAAGAUGAGGAAACGAGGAAGAACAUAUUUUAUCGGACUAAGGAAGAGCGUUUGACUUUCUAUAAACGCUAUGCUCAUGAAAAGGGUUUUGGUGUUCGAAAUGGUGCUCAACACAAAAAAAAAAUGAAGAAUUCUAAUGGAGAGGUGGAGAAAAUUUAUUUCUACCUUUAUUACUUUUGUAAUAAGCAAGGUUGGACUUCCACUAGCGAAGUAGAUGUGGAGAAACAAAAACAGUCCGAAGACAAAGUUGUGGAGAGAAAGCGUCCAAAAAGAAAGAGGCCUCGAGUUAGGGUUGGAUGUAGUGCCCGUGUUCGUUUUCGAUGGGAUGAAUCUAGAGACGGAUAUGUGGUGUAUGAAUUCGUGGGAGGCCACAAUCAUGGUUUGCACUCCACCGAGCAUACUCACCUUAUCAAGUCCAACAAGUGCAUGAGUGAUGCUCAGAAAAAGAUGGCCAAAGCUAAUCGAGAUGUCGGGAUGAGUCUUAGUGCAUCGUAUCAGUUAUUGGCUGACUGUGCUGGUGGCUAUCAAAAUCUGAAAUUUUCCAAAUCCGAUCAGAAGAACCACUUGAACAGUAAAAGGCAAAGGAAAAUGGCUCGUGGCGAAGCGACUUAUUUGCUUGACUACUUUGAGGACCAAAAGGAAAAGCAUCCUGGCUUCUUUUAUGCUGUAGAGGUAGAUUCCGAGGAGAAAAUUGCUAAUAUUUUUUGGGCGGACAGUAGGAUGCGUGAAGAUUAUGCGCUUUUUGGAGAUUCGGUCUCCUUUAAUACCACCUUCCGAACCAAUAAAUACUUCCAUCCACUAGGUACGUGAAUCACUUAAUUGCCUUGAUUUGUUUCGACACUCGUUCGGUUAUGGAUUGUCAGUAAUAGUUGUCAGGAGCAUGGAUGUUUGAAUAGAGUGUUGGGUGGUUCAAGAGUGGACUCUUGUGAUCCGAUAUUGACAUGGCCUGACAGGAUAUGUUUUGGUAAAAUGACGAAUAUUUGUAUGGCAUUAUGAGAUACUAGUCUGGGUUCUACAGAUAUUUGUUGACAUGUUUUGGGACAAUAUCAAUUCCUAAUUCCCUUAAGUUUUUUCGACACUCGUUCGGUUAUGCAUUGUCAUUAAUAGUUGUCUUGUGCAGGUAUGUUUGUAGGUUUCAAUCAUCAUCGUGAAACGUGUGUGUUUGGUGCUUGUUUGAUGUAUGAUGAGACUACACCGUCUUUUGAAUGGUUGUUUUUAGCUUUUAGUCGGUGCAUGAAGGAGAAGCUCCCAGUCACUAUUUUUACUGAUCAGGACGCCGCCAUGGCUGCUGCCCUUAGAAAGGAGUGGCCUACUGUGUUUCAUGCCCUCUGUACUUGGCACAUCCUCAUGAAUGCGAAGAAGCAUCUUCGUAAGGACAAGGCAUUUUGGAAGAAGUUCCAAACUCAUCUUUCUUAUAUUUUCUACGACAUCGACAGUGAGAGAGAGUUCGACAUGGCCUGGAGCACAAUGGUUGCUGAUUGUUUCCCUAAUAGUGAAAUUGCAGACGGUCACCCAUGGUUGGAAUAUUUGAAGAAACUUCGUCGUCGAUGGUGUUCCUUAUGGUUGAGAGAUCAAUUCACAGCCGGGAUGUUGACUACGCAAGCCAGCGAGUCAUGCAAUGCACAAGUGCGACUUUUCUUGAAACCGAAGCAUGAUUUGGACUUGUUUUUCAUUCACUUUAGCAGGUAUGCAGAAUAUUUCUUUGCCUUUCUUUGAUAUUAGUCCAUUUAAGUUUUGGAUAUGUUUCAGCAUUGUCCGGAUAUUUAUAUGAUAUUGUAAAGAUAUUAAUUUGUGUAGUUGGGAUAUUAGUAUUGGUUUGAGUGGAUAUUAGUCUGGGAAAUUAAUUCUUUCUCGUGCUUUGUUAAUGUAGUUUGUUGGCUGAAAAAAGACGCAAGGAGACUGAGUCAGACUACAAUGGGAAACAAUCGGUUCCUUAUAUUAUGUUGGAGGAUAGCCCGAUCCUACAACAUGCCGCAAAGGUCUUUACUCCUAACAUCUUCAAUCGGAUACAAAAGCAGUAUUUGAAAACUGAACCCUAUAUAAUGGAGACUCUCUCAGAUACUAGGGAUGAUGGCAUGAUUGGCUAUCUCACAUAUAUGAUAGAGGAUGGUGAGCGUAGUGAUGAGCGUGUCGUUCUCGUUGAUAUUUCUACGAGGACAUUGGUAUGCGAAUGCAGGAUGUUCAGAACUUUCGUAGUGUUAUGCCGCCACAUGAUUAAAGUGAUGCGGCAUCUUGGAGAGAAGUAUUCCAGAUAUUACAUACUCGAGCGAUGGACGUUGGAGGCGAGAAAGAAAGUGGUUGUUGAUGUCGAUGGUUGUGUUGGUCCUUCAGUUGACAGUGAGAAUGAUGCGGGAAUCGGUAUAGCAAUGCGGUACCGAGAAACCACUGCAAUGUUGAAUCAACUAGCAAAGAAAUUGUCGAUGGCCGAGGAGAAAGACUACAAUAAAUGGAUGGGAGUACUCAAGAAAGUGUGCAAUGAGGCAAACAAGGCAUUGUCAAAGACUAUAACUAGCGAGGACAGACGGUCUAUACCGAUAACUGGGCUGACUUUGAAGGAGAAGAGUAAUCCAAGGAGAAACGAUAAGGAACGUUACCAGUCUAUGAAUGAAAAGGAACGCCGUCGAAAGAAACGUGUCUAUAAGAAGGGAAUGGCAUCAAAUGAAGCGGUCACGCCGGACAACAAUACUCAACCGGAUGACCAUCUUAGUGAUUUGGAUGAUACUAUUGCUCAAUGGUAAUGAAUAUAAUGUUGGGUGGGUCGAGUGUGAUCUAUUGUGAUCUGAUAUGGACAUGUGAUUCCAGGAUACGUUUUUGUGAUGAAGUGGAUAUUAAUCAACUUUUAACAGAUAA